ACUUGAUAUCACUGGACAUCUUGCUGACCUGAAUCACGACUUCGUGAUGAAUUACGCAGUCUUCUGUCAAUUGCCUCAAGACCCCGCAUUGACCCACAUUCAAUGUCGCAAGCUGCCACAGUGAAGUCCACCAAGGCGCCUGAUGAAUGCAAUCAACCUCUCAGUUUGUUUGCCUGCAGGGUGUUGUGUUACUGUCUACCCAAUCUCCUCAGCGGACUGGAGAGUGUUUCUCGGCCCGAGGUGUAGACGAGCUCGUCUCUCAGCGAAUUCGCAUGAGGGACGUUGUAUGCUGCCUCUGCGAGCGAGUGAGCUCGCGUGGCCGAGCUUCUGCAGGGGUGCGGCGAUAUCUGCCAGCUUGGCCGCUCCUUGCUUCGAUCGCCAAUCAUGAAUCGUGAAUCUUUGACUUGCCAAUGCAUUUUAAAAUGAAACCGUGAAUCACGAAU